AUGGGCGCUUAUCCGAAUCGCUUUGGAUUUUCCGUAUCACACACGACGCGUGCUCCCCGUGAGGGUGAGGUGCACGGCCGUGAGUACUUCUUCUCGACUCGUGAGAGCAUGCUCACAAUGGAGAAAGAGGGAAAGUUCAUUGAACUAUGUGAUGUUCACGGAAACUUGUAUGGCACCAGCAUUGAUGCGGUUAAGGAGGUUCAAAGUACCGGCAAGGUGUGUGUCAUUGACAUGGACGUGAAGGGCGCGCAGAAGCUGCGAGCGAGCGGUUACUUGAAGAAUGUACUUUAUUUGUUUGUCACGGUGCCAUCAAUCGAUGUUCUGCGCGCGCGAAUUCAAAAGCGGGGUGCAUUGAGUGAGGAAGUGCUUCAGCGGCGCAUUGCAACCGCUGAGGUGGAGUUGCACUUUUUGGGGGAAAAUCCUACCUUUUUUUCCCACGUCAUCACAAAUGAGGAGUUGGAGGUAUCGUACAAAAAACUGUGCGAAAUCGUUGGGAGCGAGUUUCUGAAAUAUGGUAUGGAGGGGUUAAAUAAGUGA